GAUAACUGGGUCUGCUAGGUCCAAGUCACUCCGCAGAGAAAUGUAACUUGAAGUUACUUUCCACGGUGAACUAAACACCCCAGUUACUCUGAACGCACCACUAUCUAUUUCGUUACGCCCCUCUCUGGUGACGCACGGCGAUGGGAGGAGCCUGCGAGGGAACACAGGACUCCGCCCGGCCGUCACGCGGGAGCUUCUCCUCGUCCUGCAGCCUCCGGUGCAGAGUCGCACAUCAGCCCACGUCCUCAGGUGCAUCGUGUCUUCUGACCGCUGGCAGGAUGAAUCAGAGCCAAGAAACCGGUGAAGGUGAGGAGCAGGUGACUGGACUGGUGUGUCAAGAAGAGGACCUGAGAGAUGGACAGAUGAAAGAAGUAACUGUCGGGGACCAGACGGUGUUGCUGGUCCGUGCCCUUGGUCAGUACAGUGCUGUUGGAAGCCGGUGCUCUCAUUACAAUGCUCCUCUUAUCAAAGGAACAUUGGUCGGUGACAGAGUCCGAUGUCCCUUUCACGGCGCUUGCUUUAAUGUCAGAACUGGAGAUAUUGAAGAGUAUCCGGGUCUCGACUCUCUGCCCAGCUACAAGGUGAAAGUUGAAGAUGGCAAGGUGUACGUUUCCAUCGACAAAAAAUUUCUCAAUCAGACCAGGCGAGUGAAGGAGAUGUGCAGCUUGGCACCAGACAUCAAACAUACUAUUCUGCUCAUAGGAGGAGGCCCUGCCUCCCUGGUUUGUGCUGAGACCCUGAGACAGAACUGCUACCAAGGUCGAAUCAUCAUUGUCACCAAAGACACCCUUCCCCCAUUUGACAAACCCAAACUGAGCAAGGCAAUGAAUCUGGACAGCAGCAGCAUCCUCCUCCGGACAGGUGACUUUUAUCAACAGUAUGGAAUAGAAGUGUGGACACACAAGGAGGUGGUGUCGGUAAAUCCAGCGGACAAGGUGGUAAAGUUGAGCGACGGCAUUCUGCAGCAGUACGACCAGCUCCUCAUCUCAACUGGCUGCAGAGCGCGGCCACUUAGCUGUCCUGGUUGUGGCCUGCAGGGAGUGAAGUUACUGCAGAAUCAUGACGAUGCCAAAGAGAUCCACAACUCCUGUCUCGGCCGAAAGGCUGUCGUCAUCGGAGCCUCCUUCAUAGGUAUGGAGGUGGCGUCCUUCUUAUCAGACAAAGCUGCCAGUGUGGCCAUGGUUGGCACUUCCAGAUUCCCUUACGAGCGCUCUCUGGGGCCGGAGAUCGGCAAGAUGACGAUGCAAAUGUUGGAGGAACAAAAUGUGAAGUUUCACAUGAAUGACGAAAUCACAGAGAUUAGAGGGGAGAACGGCAAGGUGAAGGAGGUGGUUCUGAAGAGUGGUACAGUCCUGGAAGCUGACGUCGUGAUUGCUGGAAUUGGUGUGAUCCCCAAUUCGGACUUCCUGGCAGGAAGCGAGGUGGAGUUGGAUUCCAGGAAAGCUGUGAUUGUUGACAAGUUCAUGAGGACCAAUGUAACAGAUGUUUUUAGUGCUGGAGAUGUUACCUCCUUCCCUCUGGCCAUUCGUGGAGACCAAAGGGUCAACGUGGGUCACUGGCAAAUGUCCCUGGCUCAAGGAAGAGUCGCCGCCCUGAACAUGCUUAAGAAACCAACCAAAAUUGAGUCGGUUCCUUUCUUCUGGACUGUGUUGCUUGGGAAGAGUAUUAGAUACACAGGCUACGGGGAAGGAUACACAGAAAUUAUAUUUAAAGGCAAAGUGGACGAGAGGAAAUUCCUGGCAUUUUACAUUAAGGAUGAGGUGGUGGUAGCUGCGGCCAGCAUGAUGUUCGAUCCUGCUGUGGCUCGUCUCGCAGAGCUGAUGGCUACUGGUCAGAUUUUUAAAAAGGCACAGGCUCAAGCUGAUGACCUGAGCUGGCUACAGAUGUGACCAAAGCUUGUCUGUGUCCAGGGGUUACACCACUUUCUGAUGAUGGACGUCACCGCUCUCUUCCUUGUUAUUUCUCCAUCAGAUAGAGCCAAACUGGACCGUUCCAUUCACCGCCUCAAGGCUCCUGAAAGCCAAUCAGACCUCUUCUCUGCUCUCACUCAGAGCACUGUUACCAUAGCAGCAAGCUUUAUUAAGUUUGCACUUUGUAAACCGAGUGGACAAUCUGAUCUUUGUCGAAUGAACACAGUCUAGAUGAGAUUAAACUGAUUCAUAAGCGAAGGUUAUGUCGUGCAUUACAAUUUGUAAUUACUGGAGUCAUGUUAGCGAUACAACAUAACUAUAUCAAAAUGUGUUUAGGACUUUAAAAUUGAAGAUCCCUGAAAUAACAGUACUAGGUAGUAUUUACACUUGUAGAGCAAGAAACACUUGACUUGUCUGAAGAGUUACAGUACAUUUAGUUAUUUAUAAUCUAAAAUACAAAUGUCUUUUAUGUUUGAGACUACAGUUUCAUGUGUACUCUAAUGCCUUAAUCCAUUAUAAUGCAAAUGUUUCCAGCAGAGAAGUAGCUUAUUGUUUUGUCUUUAUCUGAUGCUGUAAACCCAGCUUUUUUGUAGCAUUUUAAAGGCAUUUUAGAUACAAGUAUAAGAUCAAAAAUAUUGCUCGGUAUUUAAUACAUUUGUUCAGAGUUUCAACAGCAGUGAUUAUCAUCAGCCUGCCUUCCAUGAAGACCAUCUUUGCUGAGCAUGUCUGUAAUGAGUGCAAGUGUUUGUUCCACAAGACCUGGUCCAAGAAGAAAGUGUUCCUAUUGGAUUUUAUUUCCAAGCAGGCGUUUGUUUCACUACAAUAAUCAUAUUAUGGCUCAUCUUCAUUUGUUUUGACAGUCUGACUGUUGCUUUUGAAAAAGUCAUGAAUAAUAAUACAACAUAAUCAUCUCCACGUGUGGUCAAAGACAUCAAGGAGUGAUUAUCAUGUGUCUGCUGUUAUUAAUUCAAGUUCUGAAUCUA